UCAGAUGCCCAAUCACACACUUCAGAUAGUCGAGAGUUACAAAGGCACUGGACUCUCUCCUUUCGUUUACUCCCAGAAUGCACUCUCCCUCACUGUAGAGGGGGACCUAUAUGCUGCGGCUCCUUUAUACAGCGAUGGGAGCUCACUACAGUUCAGAAGGAAAGCUGGCAACAGAACCAAUGUAUGGAUGUAUGACAAGUGGGUGACCGAGCCCACCUUCAUCUCCACCUGCUACGUGAGACGUAAGGAGGAGCCGGACAAUGAGAAGAUAUAUGUCUUCUUCAGGGAGAAGAACUCUGACAGCAGCCCUGAAGCGGAUCACUGGAUCUCUAGAGUAGCACAAGUCUGUAAGGUAAGAUGGUGGGAUAGAGAGACAGUCUGUUAGAUUGUGGGAUAGAGACAGUCUGUUAGAUGGUGGGAUAGAGACAGUCUGUUAGAUGGUGGGAUAGAGAGACAGUCUGUUAGAUGGUGGGAUAGAGACAGUCUGUU